CAUGUAUGUGGAAGGGAUGAGAGAUCUGAAUGAAAUGAUCAUGUACUACAUACUGUGUUAUCCUGGAGAAGAGGAAAAGAAUUUCAACUACAUCAUAGAGAAAGCCACUGAAAGAUUCUUCCCAGUGUAUGAGAAGGCAUUAAAAAGCCAUGGGAAAAAUUAUCUUGUUGGCAACCAGAUGAGCUGGGCAGAUAUACAGCUGUUUGAAGCCAUCCUAAUGGUUGAAGAAUUGAAGUCAGAUGUUCUCUCUGCAUUCCCUAAACUGCAGGAGUUCAAAGCUAGAAUGGGAAAACUCCCCAGCAUUCAGAAAUUCCUUCAGCCUGGAAGUCAAAGAAAACCAAAAAUGGAUGCCAAAAAUCUUGCAGUGGCAAAAAAGAUAUUCAAGGUUGAUGACUCGGUGUUUCUUAAACAUAUGAGCUGAAUAUUCAGAAAGUGUUCUAAGGAGUGCAAUGUUUUAGUUUCCAUCCAUAGUCAUAAUACUUGGAAGUGCUCCUGAGACAUUCCUUGGUUGAAUAACCAGCAGACCUGAUGCCUCCCUGUAGACCUUCUUAUAAAUUAGAAAAAUCUAGUAAUAAAUGAGAAGAAUUAAAACAUUGUUUAUUAUAAAACUUCA